GGGCAGGCUGGGGCAGGCCGGGACGAAUCAGGCCGUAAUCCGCGCGCCAGAAAGGGGUAGCGGACGAGGGAAUUGGGGCUGGGGUCCAGUGUCUGGCAAUGCCGCAGGGGGCGGGCUCUCACGCUGUACGGGGCGGAGCCCUGGGACUCGGGGCGGGACGCGGAACAGCGACGGUGCGAGUGGAGGGCGGAGCCCAGCCGCCCGUAGAGGGGCUAGGACGACUGCGGGGCGGGGUCUGGCGUUUAGAGGAGGAGCCGGAGCAGGUGGAAGGUGGAGCCUUGGGCUCAGAGACGGAGGGUGUGGGGUCCCAGGCGUUGGGGGCGGGGCUUCAGCCGGUGAGUGGCGUAGCUCCUGUACUGGAGAAGGGGCCUAGAAUUGCCGAGGGCGGAGCUGUAGGUAAGGGGGCGGAGCCACGUGCCCUGAAGGGCGGGGCCAAGGAGCCUUGUGAAGAGCUGAGCCCAAGUAAUGGCCCGGGGCGCCCACGUGGGGGCGGUCUCCGUGGUGGCCGCGCCUGGGGUCGCGCUAGACCUAGAACUCCCCCUGGAGAGAUUGUGUGGGUGGAGCGGGCUCGGUGCCCCGCUGACUCGGGGCCAGUCUGGGUGCCCCGGAGGCCCCCGAGAGCUCAGAGCUGGGGGGGCACCUCUGGCGGAGGAGGCACGGCCCCGGGAUGGGGGGUACCUCCGGAGGACCGUGGCUCCCCAGAGCCUCCUAGCGGAGAUGUAUGGGUGCCUCGGGGCCGGCCACCUGCAGCAGCUGCAGAGGUGUGGGUGUGCUGGACAGGAGGCAGCUGGGUGUGGCGGGAGUGGGGUCCUCCGGUCGGGACUAAUCCGGGGCAACCGGAUAGGGUUUGGACUUUGCGUAAAGGGGCGAGCGGGAAUUGA